AACCCCCCUGGAUGUUUCAAGUUAGAUUCUGCUGCUCCGGUGUCUUGCUUGUCAGUUCACUUUUGUGCGGUGGUUAGUGUGGAUUCUCUUCAACGCAUUGAUAAGAUCUCUCCAAAUAAUAUUCAAGGAAUUGGACAAUAAGCUGCUCAAUCAAGACCCCUUCAAACAGAGCACAUGACCACCCCCUGGUGGCAUUGACAAGCAUAACACCUGUGAUCAGAGACGUGGGGAAAUAGAACCACUACCGGGCUCAGCUGCAAUUUACGUCUUCUUGUCUAUUGGAUUAUAGUUCUGUCAUUCUAUGGAGCGAAACUCACAGAGAGCCCCCAUAUCAACUGGUAUUGAAGCAUGACAAGUUCAACUAUGCGUUAAUUAAUACCUAGAAUAAGGAAUUAAAAAGUCACCCAAAGAGUUCACUAAAGAAGAUUUAACAAACUGUACAGAAACAUGGAGAUGGAAGCCUCCCGUGCUGCCUACACUGGGGCCUUCCCCACUGAAUCUAUAGACUCUCUACCCACCAACACCUCCUCUCCAAGCCUGCUCCAAUUCUUCUGGGAUUACCAGAACAAUGACGUCAUUGUGACCCACUACAACUACACAGGCAAGCUCCAGACAGACCGGUAUCGUGAGGUGUUAAAACCUGAAGCCAUAGCCUUCCUGGUAGUGUGUCUUCUUAUCAUCCUGGAGAAUGCUGUGGUUCUAAUAGCCAUCUGGACCAAUAAGAAGUUCCACCUGCCCAUGUACUAUCUCCUAGGUAACCUGACUCUGUCGGACCUGCUGGCCGGUGUCACCUAUAUGGCCAAUAUCAUCAUGUCUGGUCCUAAUACACUGAGACUAACUCCAAUACUCUGGUUUCUGAGGGAAGGAGGCGUCUUUAUCACAUUAGCCGCCUCCGUCAUCAGCCUAUUGGCCAUCGCUAUAGAACGCCACGUUACCAUGGUGACAAUGAAACCAUACCACGGGGCAAAGAAGGGUCGGAUGCUGGCUCUGAUCGGGGGGAGCUGGGCGUUAGCAGGGCUGCUGGGGGUGCUCCCCGUCCUAGGCUGGAACUGUAUGGGUCGUCUGGACCGUUGUUCCACGAUUCUCCCGCUCUACGCCAAGUCUUACAUCCUGUGCUGCGUGUCCGUGUUUAGCGGCGUGCUCCUCGCCAUCGUCGUUCUCUACGCCCGCGUCUUCCGUAUCGUGCGCACUAACACCCAGCGCCAACGCCUCGGAGGAGCAAAGGGAAGUCUUCGCAAAGGCCUUGCCAGGAAAUCCCAGAAGUACAUGGCGCUCCUCAAGACGGUCACUAUUGUACUCGGCGUCUUCAUCGUUUGUUGGUUGCCGCUCUUCCUCCUCCUCGGCCUAGACUCAUUCUGCCCCGCCCGCCGCUGCCGACUGCUCCUCAAGGCGGACUACUUCCUGGGCGUUGCCAUGGUGAACUCGCUCCUCAACCCCAUAAUAUACACCCUGACCAGCAAAGACAUGCGUCGCGCUAUUUUAAAACUGCUCUGCCGCCCGUGCCUCAUGACCAAGGACGGGCAGGUGAAGAGGAUGGGGGUGCCGUUCCUGGAGUGUAGCUUCAGUAAGACGGAGGUGGCAUCGCAGAAGCUGGAAGGCCUGGAGACGACGAUCUCCUCUGGGAACAUCAUCACGGCUCAGUCACCCAUAAAGACUCUCUACCCCAAGCUCUUCAAGGUCUAAAGAGCCUAAAGUGGAUAGCUCUGUGAUGGACAGGGAUCUCCCGAAGAUGGACAACAUAAGUGCUCCAUAUGGCCUCAUGAAAAGACAGGCCUGAGGGACCCUAUGGGCAGCUCUGUGUUUGAGAGAGUAAACCAUAGAAUUAGGGGCUUUGUCCCUUCAAGUAAUUGUAUUUCUAUGGAGUGAACUUCAAAUUGAAGUGGUGGACAACAGGAGUGCUCAAUAUGGCCACCUGAAAACUGCAUCACUUCCUGUUUGGCAGCUCCACUCCGAUGGCCUCCGGCAGACUAGCCUACAUCUAUAACUCUCUUCUGGCCAAUGAACUAAGCCUAAGAGCAAAACCUCAAAAAGACAGGUGAAUGAUCUAUGAUUGGGACAGAUAUAGCUACAGGUGUUUUUGAUGAGAGCAUCAAGUUCAGAUGUAUAUCUCUCUUCAGCAAGUCUGUAGUGGUGCACUUGCAGCAAUAUCACCACAUCAAAAGACUGAUGUUGUAAAAAUGAUGACUAAACAUCAAGCCAGGUGGAAGAAAUGAAAAUGUGAAUUAAGCAACUCUUCUUGUAUUCACAAAAUACUUCCAGAACUGACUUGCACUAAGUUAACUCUGCAUUGAGAGACCAUUGAAAGCCAUGGAUUAAGAUUGGACAUUCUGUUCUAGAACUAAGACUGUAAACUGGACAUUCCAACCAUGUUGAUUUGUUGUGGCGAGUGCGCCUCGGUUUACUUCACCCAACGUUUUCUCUGUUUUUUUUAUUGUUGUUGUUUGAAAUGCCUUAAAGAAGGCAUAAUAUGGACAUAAUAAUAAUAUGCCUGUGGACACCUGGACUUCGCUGGCUCGAAGGUCCAUGUUGUGCCUGCCUGUGUCCCAAAUGGCACCCUAUUCCCUAUAUAGUGCACUACUUUUGACAUUUGGGAUACAGUCUGAGACGCUGGUUGUGAUAACCCCAUACAGCUACACAGUGUGCCCAAACAGAAGCAUAUACUGGAAGUGGAUGCUGUGUUGUUCACCCACCAGUUGCUCUUUAAAACACAAACACACAAUGGAAACCUACGCAUGCACCUAAACAUUGUGGUACCUGGAUGUGGAGGGAGACGUCAAACAAUAUUAAGAUCACAGGAGGCUGGUGAGGGGAGGACGGCUCAUAAUAAUGGCUGGAAUGGAAUAAAUGGAAUGGUGUUGAAAGUCAUACAAACCAAGUGUUUUAUACGUUCCAUUAAUUCUGUUCCAGCCAUUACUAUAAGCACCUCCUCCCCAAUUAAGGUGCCACCAGCCACCUGUGACUAAGAUUAUAAUUUGAGGAGAAAAUCUCCACACUGUUUUAGUGGCAUUGUAGCUGUAACUGUUGUUCUGAGCUUACUCAGUCAAGUGGAAACUACCUGUUGGUUCCUGAUUGGAAUUCAUAUUUUAAAUGCCAUCACACACACUACAAUACAGAAACACUACUAUAACAAUGUCACCAUGAACCCAACUACCUGCAGCUCUAGUCAGUGAUGGACUUCUUCACCAAGCAAAGGACUUCAUGCAGUCCUUCAUGUUCCUCUUGUGUUAUUGUACCGAUAAGAACCAUCUGUUGCACUUGGGGGUCUCUGUUUUGAAGACCGUGUUAUAACCGAUAAAACAACAGACCACAAGGUUACAGGUUACAAUCCAAACCUGCUAGUCAUCAUCCAGCUGCAUUGGCUGUUUGGUAACGUUAGACAAGAAUGUGCUUGUCAGCUAUAAAUCAAGAUCAAAGUGGGAAGAUACACAGAUGUAUACAGUGCAAUUAUAAGAAAGACAAUAGCAGGUAAAGACACUUUAAUAAACAUUUUAUCAACAUUUAUUUUUUACACAUCUGUUAUUACUGGCUUUAGAGAGGGUUUGCCUAUACAGUCUAUGGACCUGAAUGUAUAUUUUUCUACAUUUAAACUGGUAAUAUCAUCUAGCAAUUCAAAAAUAAAACGUGUUCUGUAUUUGGAUGGAUGAAUGAGACGGUACACCAUACUUUUGUACUGUAUGUUGUGUAUUGAGCAAUUUAUUUUUGUAUUUCUAAAGGAAUUUGUUAGGGCUUGUACUUUGUACUGUAAAGUAUAUGAUUUUUGUACUACAGGAAAAAGGUUCUAACAUUAUUAAAACAACUGUUUUCUGAAAAAUCUGAUUAUAAAGUUGGUGUUCCCUCUCCAGGAUUAUGCAUGCGCAGGUGUACAGUGACUUCAGAAAGUAUUCAAACUCCUUGACUUUCCACAUUUUGUUGUGUUACAGCCUGAAUUUAAAAUGGGUUAAAUUGAGAUUUUGUGUCACUGGCCUAGACACAAUACAACAGAAUGUCAAAGUGGAAUUAUGUUUUACUAAUUCAUUCAAAAUUAAAAGCUGAAAUGUCUUGAGUCAGUAAGUAUUUUACUCCUUUGUUAUGGCAAGCCUAAAUAGGUUCAGGUGUAAAAUUGUGCUUAAUAACAAGUCACAUAAUAAGUUGCAUGGACUCUCAUAUAAAAGUGUUUAACAUGA